UUUUUUUAAAAAGGUAGCAGCAAGGAGUAAACAAUCAUGUCGAAACCGAACGUUCUAGUCCUUGGAGGAUGUGGAUUUAUUGGACGGCAUCUAGUCGACCAUCUCGUCACCCAUGAUCUGGCCGGUCGCAUUAAGGUGGUGGACAAGACACCACCGCUAAUGGCAUGGCUAAACGCCCGGCACACGCAAGCCUUCGCCAACGAGCGGGUAGAGUUCGUUAGCGCCAAUCUAAUAAAUCCUACCUCGUGCCAAAAUGCGUUCCGUAUUGAGCGCGAGGGCGAGCCGGAAACCGAUGGAGGAGGAUGUUGGGACUAUGUGAUAAACUGUGCGGCCGAAACGAAACCCGGCCAAACAGACCCCGUAUACCAGGAAGGUAUACUGAAGUUAAGCUUAAACUGUGCAACCGAGGCUGUGAAGCAUAAGGCGAAGCGCUACAUCGAGCUAAGCACCGGCAGCAUGUGCUCGGACGAGCAGGUGCCGCAAAAGGAAGACUGCCCGGUCGAACCGUGGACAAUGGUUGGCAAGUAUAAGGCAAAGGUAGAGCAGGAACUGACUGCCCUAAAGGAGCUGCCCUACACCAUACUGAGACUGCCGAUCUGCUACGGCGUUGGCGAUCGGAAGGGAUUGACACCACGCAUCAUUAUAGCGGGAAUUUAUAAGCAUCUUGGCGAAACGAUGAAACUCCUCUGGACCGGAACGAUGAAGAUGAACGUGGUGCACGUGGAGGACGUGUGCGGUAGCAUUUGGGAGCUUCUGCAAACCGAUCGCACACUGCACGAAACGAUCAACGUGUGCGAUGACAGCAACGCAACGCAGGCAAUGAUCAGCGAACUGCUGGCCGACAUGUUUGGUAUCAAGAUCGACUACUGGGGCGUUACCAUGUCCAACAUGACGAAACUGGAUAUGGCUGGCGCCAUAGAGGAAAUUAACGAUCGCCAUCUAGGACCGUGGGCCGAACUGUGCCAGCGGGAUGGUGUGCAGAAUACACCGCUCACACCAUACAUGGAUCAGGAAUUGCUGCUGCACAAGCAUUUGCAUUUAAGCAACGAAAAACUUAAGUCAUACGGGUAUCGGUUGCGUCGUCCGCAGAUUACGCGAGAGCUGCUGGAGGCGAUAGUGCAGGAUUUCAUCGAGAUGAAUCAUUUUCCACGUACUUUGCUUGCUUAA